CGAAUACAGGGCAGCCUGUCGACGGACGUAAUUUUGAGUGACCGCGAAUGAGAUAAACAAGCGAUUUGCUCGCUUGUGAUUGGCCAGUUUGUCAUUCGAGUUGAGGUAAUUUCAAACAUCAUUCUGCUGCUUCGUUAGGUCCUUAAUUUCCGUGAGCGUUUUAUCAAAUUGGAGAGAUAACUGACAACACAAAUUAUUACAGCUAAGGAAAGAGAUGAUAUAGCAGUAGAUUUAUUUGCUGAAUUCAACGAAUUCAUGCCAAAUUACAAUCUAAGGACUUCUCAGGAGUGUCAAGAAUGCAAACAAUGUCUUGAAGAGAGAUCCUUAAAUAAGUAUAAUAUACACAGUGGUCUGGCUAAUCAUGAUAAAAACGGCAUGGUUGAUGCAGCAUAUACAUAUACUUUUGUAUAUGUAGGUAAACCUAGAUAAACUGUGUUCUUGUCACGAAGAUCGGAAAGCAGAUACCAGAUGUCUCAGUAAGCAGUGUAAUACAUAAUUAAUCUUGAAUUCAGUUGGGAUAAACUGGUUGAGCGCAUCAGUAUUGAGAGAAUACAGCGGAAACUUAUGGAAAAACAUAUAUGUGCCGUGUACGCAGAUGGAACUUACUGACGGUAACAUAGGACUACUCAUCUGAAUUAUCUGUACAUUUGAAAUCUGAUUUUUGUUUAAUAAACAAUUUGUCAAUGAA